AUGCCGUUGGACGGCCUUAAGCGCGCUGCGGGGCCGUUUGACGUCCACUCUGAGCCCCGCAGGCGCCGCAGAAGCACAAGCUCUGGUUGCCUCCAUCCGCGAUGGCCGCUUCGGGCGUGCCGAGGCGGAGCGGCAGCUCAAGCAGCUCCGUCGCGGCAGCAGCUUGCAGGAGACCUCACCUCCGCUGCCAAGCGUGCGGGAGAUCAAGGUCUUUGGCAGCAGGUCCUGCAGCUGCUAGAGGACGCAGGAGAGAUGCAGCUGGCUCCGGAUAUGAUCCUCUACGGAGCUGUGAUGAGUGCUUGCGAAAAAAACCACCAAUGGCAGCAAGCUCUGGGGAUCUUCCACCAGCUGCGCAAACCGAGCCUUGUGGCUACGAGUAUCGCCAUCAGCGCGCUGGGCCGCGGCAGCCUUUGGGCCUCAGCCCUGCAGCUGCAGAUGGAGUUGCCGCAGCCGAAUGUCAUCACGUACAACGCCACCAUCAGCGCUUGUGAGCGAGGCCAACAAUGGUCUGUAGCCCUGGCACUUCUGGACAGAAUGCCGACGCGCAAAGUGUCACCGGACAUUAUCUCCUUCAACGCGGCGAUCAACGCCUGCGAGAAGGCCGAAGAAUGGCAACGUGCGCUUCAGGCCUUCGAUGCUAUGACGAUUGAGGCCAAUGAGAUCACCUACAAUACUGUGAUGAGCGCCUGCCACAAGGGCUCACAUUGGCAUUUGGCCCUGACUCUCUUCAACUCUAUGAGUUCCAGGCAGCUGGCUCCGACGCCUGUUUCGCACAGUGCAGCUAUGGCUGCUUGCUUGCGAGGAGAGAUGCCUGGCAAAGAGCCUUGGGCCUCUACAUGCGGCUGCCGGCCGAGAGUAACAACGCCGUGCUGCGGGGCCUGGGUAUGGACGCGCUGCUUUGCGCUAGGGCCUGGCAGUCCGCGCUUUCAUUGCUGCAACCAGAGCGGCACGACACAGAUCGGCAAUGCUUCAAUGCAGCCCUCAGGGCCGGGGAGUUCGCCAGCCACUGGCGAGGCUGCUUACAGCUCCUGGAAAUGUCUCCAAUCCUCACAGCCAGCGAAGUGA